UAAAAUAAGAAAUUUGAGUGAUAUACGUUUUUGUGGUUGAUGGUAUUUGACGUGAAAUUUUGGAUUGUAUGUAUUUUUUGAGAUUGUCUCUUUGUACAACCGCUUCCACCUUGUGGAACUGGAUGUCACUUUAUCCGCCUGGUGCAGCGAUGAUAUAACAUUGAUGCCUUGUUUAUAUAGUUUUGGGUCAUAAAUUUGGCAAUGACCUCUAAUGUGCAGCAGGGGUCGCCAAUUACGCCCUCAGCUAAGAGCGACUUCAUUAAUGAACUUUUGUCUAUCGGGGAGGUAUACAGUCCAUUACGUGAGGAAAAAUGGGUUUCUAUGAUGAAACGUGGUCUAUCAUCCUUUGCCAAAGCGCACUGGAACACCUUCGUACGUCGUACUAAUAGGGGUAUACCGCAGAAAUUUAGAUGGGAAAGUUGGAAGGUGGCGAUGAAGUUUGAUGAAAAUGUUGCCACUGCAUCCCCUGAUUACCAUACAUUCGCCUCGCAACCCAAUGAGUAUAUGUCGAUUAUACAAAUUGAUGUGCCGAGAACAUUUCCUGAAUUACAAGUAUUUGACACAGAAGCACAACAGCAGUUGUCUCGUAUACUGCUUGCGUACUCAAAUUACCAUCCAGAGGUUGGGUAUUGCCAAGGAAUGAAUUUUAUUGCUGGCAUGAUUUUGUUAGUUAGCGGCUUUAAUGAGAUGGAAUCAUAUGUGGGUUUCGUCGGUCUCAUGAAGGAAUUGGGGCUUGCUGAAUUUUAUAAACCAUCGUUUCCGCUGAUUCAAAAAUACAUUCGUGCGUUCGAUGCACUUACGGCAGAAAUGUGGCCAGAUUUACAUCGUCAUUUUGAACGUGAAGAGAUAUCGGUUGCUGUUUUCCUCAACCAGUGGUUCCUCACUAUGUUUGUGAUCAUUCUUCCCUUGAGGACUGUUAUAGCCUUAUGGGAUUAUAUUCUGUUCAACGGUCUAUCAAGUAUACUGUCUGUUGCGCUUGGGUUGCAAUAUCUUCUGGCUCCUCAAAUGAAACAGCUGAAGUUCGAGGCUAUAAUGACCUUUUCUAAACACAUUAAGGAAGCUGAUAGCAAGGACGACAUUCGUGUUGGACGUAUCAUCGUGAACCAAGCGUACCGCAUUACCCAAUCACAUGGCAAUAUUGAUGAAUUCAUUCAGCAGCAGGAUGCAUCAUUUGCAUCUGAUUUGGAGCCUUCAACCCAAUUCGUCCCACCUGAUGAUUCCAACAGUUCUCGGUCCUCCAGCUCGAGGCGCGGCAAGUCUAACACUCUGAUGAGUCUAGUGUCUCAACUAGGGAUUGUACAAUCACCAAAUGAUGAUGUAGGGCUGCUAUAAACGCAAUUGUAUCACAGAGC